GUCCACUUGGCUUUUUGUGGUUUUUCAGUCUCUAAGGAAAACGCUUCAAUGUUUUUUUUCCCCCUACCUGGAAGGGGUUGCGUCUUCGGGUCAAGACUAAUAAAAAAUGCUCUUCGCACUUUUUUUCACCUUUGGGCUCUUCCCCGCCGCCGCUGCCGGGGCCACCAUGUCUGAAGCGGCCGAGGAGCAGCAGCUGAUGGAAACGGCCGCUACCGAGAACGGCCAUGAAGCAGCCCCCGAUGGGGAGCCGCCGAGCGAGGCCGCGAGCGGGACCGGGACCGGGACUGGGACCGGGACUGGGACUGGGACUGGGACUGGAACCGGGACCGGGACUGGGUCCGGGAGUGGGUCUGGGGCGGCGGCCCCGGCGACGGCGCCUCCUGCGGCCCCAACCGGGAGCCAGAACGGGGCGGAAGGCGACCAGAUCAACGCCAGCAAGAACGAGGAGGAUGCAGGGAAAAUGUUUGUAGGUGGCCUCAGUUGGGACACAAGCAAAAAGGACUUGAAAGACUAUUUCACCAAGUUUGGUGAGGUGGUUGAUUGCACGAUAAAGAUGGAUCCUAACACAGGAAGAUCAAGAGGUUUUGGGUUUAUCCUCUUUAAAGAAUCUGCUAGUGUUGAUAAGGUUUUGGAUCAGAAAGAACACAGAUUAGAUGGGCGGGUGAUUGAUCCCAAAAAGGCUAUGGCCAUGAAGAAAGAUCCUGUAAAGAAGAUCUUUGUUGGAGGACUUAAUCCAGAAGCUACAGAAGAUAAAAUCCGAGAAUACUUUGGAGACUUUGGAGAGAUUGAAUCUAUUGAACUUCCAAUGGAUCCAAAGACAAACAAAAGAAGAGGAUUUGUAUUCAUCACCUUUAAAGAAGAAGAUCCUGUUAAGAAGAUUUUGGAAAAGAAAUUCCAUAAUGUUGGCGGAAGUAAAUGUGAGAUUAAGGUGGCCCAGCCUAAAGAAGUGUACCAGCAGCAGCAGUACAGCUCUGGGGGCAGCCGAGGAGGCCGGAGCCGAGGAAAUCGAGGAUCGGGAGGUGGUGGAGGAGGAAGCGGGAGUGGUGGCAGCGGAGGCAGUGGAGGGGGAGCUCAAAGUCAAAAUUGGAAUCAAGGUUAUGGCAACUAUUGGAAUCAGGGAUAUGGCAACCAGGGCUAUGGCUAUCAGCAAGGCUAUGGCGGUUACGGCGGCUACGACUACUCCCCUUAUGGCUAUUACGGCUAUGGACCAGGCUACGACUAUAGUCAGGGCAGUACAAAUUAUGGAAAGACUCCAAGGCGUGGUGGUGGUCAUCAGAAUAACUAUAAGCCAUAUUGAGGCAGUCCUGUGCGGUAUGCAGCGGCAUGCUCAGUGUUCAGAGGGACUGCACACGUUUUAUACGGAAAUGCUCUAGGUGGACAUUAAAAUUAUGUACCAAAUUUAACUUUGCAAACUUUCUAUGGCCUGUUCAAUGUGCAUCUUAUUUAAAAUUCCCCCUUGGAAAAUGUCUUUCAUGUUGAAUAUUUACAGAUCUCUAGUUGUCUUAGACAGUGUGUGGUGUGUAAAUGCCAGUCUUAAGCAAGAUAUUAAUGAAUGAAUUUAUUAAUAGGUUAAACAGCAAUGAUUUUGAGGGUCUGCUUAAAGCCCAGCUCGGCCUCUUGGCUUGAGCAUGGCCUCUGCAAUGCUCUGGUUGUACAGAUGAAAAUGCCUCCUUUUUUUCACCUUUUUAUUUUAUAUUGUUUGUGUCAUACAUUUCCGGCAAUGGAAGUGUUAAUUUUACUGUACUUUUUGGUACCUUUUGGGAAUCUAAUGUAUUGUAAGGUAUUUUACAUGUGUCCUGAUUACCAUGACAUGGAUAUUGAAGCUAUCCUAGCUUUUGAAAUAAAAAAUUAACAAAAAACACACCCCAAACCAGCUAGUGUGCCAUUUCUUAAUCUUCCAACUAUUGAAAGAAUAUAGACAGAUCUCCCUGACAACUGACCCACAUCCCAGCUUGCUCAUCCUGGGGGCACUUGGGAAUCUAUUUCAGAGACUAGGAUAGUCUCCCACUACAGCCAACUGUCCUUAAGGCAAGAGUCGGUGUGAGGCAAAAGAGCAUGUCAUAUUUGCUGCCCCUUCAUCAAGUACAAAACUUGUUUAAGAAAAAUAUAGACAUUUCAUGGUAGCUUUAAUUGUUGAAACAAAUUUGGACAGACAUGUUCAAAAACAUUCCAUUGAAGACAUUUAGAUCUUCAAGCCUAAAAAAGGCCCAGAGCAGAGUUGAGUCAUUUGUCCCAAGGCAAAAUGGUAGAAACCAGGAUUCAUCUUCCCUGUUUUCUUUUCUGACCUUAAUUUUCUAACCACUUUGACCCAUGUCUGUCUGAUGCCUUUAAUAACAGUAAUAGAGUGGUUAGUGUGGCUAUAGUAGUGUAUAACACCUAAAAAUGUGGGUGGGGAUGAAUAUUUUGGGGAAAAGAAGUUUGGGUCUCACUGGCCCAUCUGCCUUCCAAGCCUGUGCUCUCCAGAAUUGUUAAGAUGAGCUGUUAAGAUGUAUAGCAACAGAAGCUUUUGUUUUGAGUUUAACAGGUCUGGUCGUUAUAGCCGCUGUUACAAGGUAAAUGGUGAAUAGAUUGAGUUAGAAUUUCUUGUCACCUUGGGAUGAGCUGGCAGGGUUCCUUCAUCUUUUGGGAUAUUCUCUGAACCUGUAAGCAAAAAAAGGUGCAGGAUUCAAGAUAAAAAAGUGACUUUUCAAGGUUUGGCCACUUUGGCAAACUCAUUCUGUAAUUUUAUACAAACUAACUUUUUAUGGAAACAUUAACACAUUCUCAGCUCCUUCAUCAAGUAAAAAUAUCCCUGCAACAGCCAAAAACUUUCUGGAGGGGGAAAAGCAAUUUGGCUAUUUGCUGUGAGAUGGAGAUAGAUGAUAGAUAGAAUACAAGGUGGAAGUAGAGAAACCAGCCAGAAGAAAGGUUGCCAUUGACUUUAAAGUUUAUAGCACCUUUGGGGAAGGUUCUAGAGAAUCUGAAAUUAAUGAUGUCAUCAUAAAAUUAGGGGGUUGGACUAGAUGAGUUUAUAUAAUCCAUAGUCCUCUUCUUGUAAAGUUCCACAGAUUUUCCUAUUCUCAUGGAAACAGCAGAGAAAUUGUACUCUUUGAGGCUUUGAUUCAGUCUUGGUGGGACAGAGUCCCAGGUUUUUUAAUCUGGAUGCCCACAGGGCUCUGUUGCUCUCCAGUCAGUCAUAACACCCUGCUGCCCAGUUAUGGCUGAAGAGCCAUGUCAGUUCUGUUUCUAGGCUUUAGAUACGAAGCAUAUCAGAACUUAAAUCUCCCAGCAUUUCAUUCAUAUCUGUAGGUAUUAAAAAGUUUUUCAUAAAGACUAUUAUAUAUCUCGCCUGUAACAUACACAUGGUUAUACAUCAAGGAAGACAAUAGUGGGACCCAAAUGAAUAUUCCUAUAUGGGUGUGUACUCAACCCCUGACCAAUCUGGAGUACUUUUUAAGAGAGUUUAAUAACUCUGGAUGACAUAUCUUGCCUGUCGGGAAAGAAAUUCUGGGAGACACAGAUCCCUAAUCCUAAGGGAGUUGAACAGGACAGUAGCCCUUGAUAGCCUCUGUCAGCUCUUUGGUGUGGGCUUAAAAGGCAUUUUAAAAUUUUGAGGGCAAAUCUUCCAAGAGUGAAAGGGCCUCAGGCAGUAAUCUGCCAGGAUGAAAGGAACAGUUGAGUCUUGAAACGCCAUACUCACCCAGGUUUCCCAGGGAAGACCUAGCCAGCUCAUUCGACACUUUGAAGGGUUUCACAGGUGCUCAUGUUUUUCUCCAUUUCUGGGGAUACAGAAUAAGGUCAGUUAACACGAACUAGCUAAGCUUCAAAGUUAUAAGUGGUUGGGGCUAGGGAGGAAGGGAAAAGUAAUCAAGGAAGUAGGUAUAUAUGGUUAUUGAAUAAAGGAACCUACUUGGGCAGGGGUUUGGAAAUUACAUAUUGGGUUGUUUCUCUCGCGUGAAUAUGAGAGAGCCCAGGGGAGACACACAGGUAGACUGACCCUGUAGUUAUUUAUACCCAUGACCAAUUGUAAGGUCUGCUUGGGUAAGUUUUCUACUAGAUAUAGUGGCCCACAGUAAUUUCUGCUUGCCAAUGGCACAAUCAUAACAGCUGGCAUUUAGUGCUUUAACAUGCAAAACACUUUACAAAUACCUCAUUUGAUCCUAAGAUGGUAGGUGCUAUUGUAUCCCCAUUUUACAGAAGAAACUGAGGAAGACAGGUUACAUAAUUUGCCCCAAGGUCGCACAGCUAGUGUCGAUGCCAUCGCUGACCUGGGUCUUCCUGCCUCCAUUCACUGCAUUAUAAGUUUUCCAACUAUGCUGUGAGCUCCAUUGCAAUGUGAUAUCCAGCACAGUAGGGGCAUAAAAAAAGAAAGCUAGAUGCAAUUAGAAUUCAGUUGGGGAGAAAAUAAGAUUCUUCCAAAGCUAUCCUGGCAUAUCAAGACAAAUCUAGGUCUUCCACUUAGGAGAUUUCAGGAGCCAGAGUUAUGCUGGGUUUCCUUAGCCAUCUAACAACUCAGAAGUACUACUAAACCUAGAGUCUACAGGAUCUCUAUGUGUGUACACACCCCAGCCUCACCCCCCUGGUCAGGACUAGCUUGUACCCUGAGAACCCAACCAUUGUGCCAAGUUUCAGGGAUGAAGAUGCUACUGCCAGCGUCUCCUUAAAUAAGUCGGUUGCAAACCAGUUUCAUCAAUAAAUACUGAGUAACCACUGUAUAUGGUGCGCCUUAAAUUACUCUGUACCUGGCCAAAAUCUCACCUGUUAAAAUUGUGUCAAUUUUGUUUGCAACUAAUCUGGCAUCGUCCAUAUUGAAGCACAUUGGAGGCUUAAAUUUCAAGACGUUUCCUCCAGGUCCAUCUGUGCUCAACAAAAUAUGGUUAUCCUUUAACCUGGAGGAACAAAAAAUGGUUGGAGGGCAAUCCAUUGAAGUUUUGCUUCUUAAGAUAUUGGUCUCUCUGACCUGGCUCUGAAACAUGAGGGCAUAUAAGAGCUGACAUUUCACAUGUCAGCUUCCCAUAUGGCUUAUCCUGAACCCAUGCCAGUGUUUAUUCCUCUUAAAUUCCCCUGCUGGUAGGGAAGGUGGAGAAGGGAGAAAAGGGAGGCUGACCUAAUCCCAAACUUAUGCUACCAAACAUCUAGUUACCCAGGAUCCAAUUUUGCACCAAUCAGAUCCCAGUAAUGGCUGCUUCUCUGAGGGGAAAGCUCCGGGUGUCAUGUCCAGACCCAAGAAAACCUUACUGACAAGCUUGAAUACAUGACUAGUGGUUUGUUGCAAGAUUAAAUCACAGUGGCACAACUUGGGAUCUAAAUGUUUGGCCGUGUUUCCUGCAAAUGAAAAUACAAAAACAAGUGCUUUGGGAAGGAUCAGCUCCCCUGGAAUGAGGGCUGUUUUGGGAUAUGGCCAUCAUGUAGGCUCCAUCUUGUUUAAGAGUGAAUUUGGGGAAAGAUCUUGAUUGAUUCAGGUAGUUGACACUUAUGUACAACAAACUUACUGUACUAAAAUCUACUGAAAGACAUUUGCUAUCCAAUGCCUACCAUGUGAAAAGGUUCUGAGGAAACUAGGAUAUAGACCUCAAGGAAACAUCGUCCUUUCUACUCUUUCUGGUCACAGAUAAGGAAAGUCAGUCCCCAAAUGGCAGAAACAUGUCCAAAAGCUAAGCAACAAAUUGGCCAGAGGCAGGACUAAACUCGGAUCUUCUGAUUUCCUAGUCAUUGUAUAUUCUUAAUACUUUGCCUUUUUGCAGUAUAAUCCUGGUGACAUCAAAGACCAGUGGGAGUGGGGGGGAGAAGGAAGCAAAUGACUCAAAAGGAAUUGGUCGCCCACAUAGUCAUCAAAAACAUGGUGGGAAGCAAGCCUGGAGACUAUUCAUGUAGAAAUAAGUCAGUUCCCUGGGCCCUUACAUGAUAAGAUCCGGAAGGGGAUUUUAACUGUUCCUAAGCAGAAAGGAUUGGGAGAGAAGCUGGACUAUGGAUAUUUCUAGUUCCUACAUAUAGGAGCCUAUUUAUAGUAUCACACAUCUAGAGCUGGCAGGGACCUAAGAGGCCUAGUCCAACCUUCUCAUUUUACAGUUGAGGGGACUUCAACCUAGGGAGCUAAAAUGACCUACACAAGUGAAAAAUGGCAGAGCUGGGAUUUGAAUCCAGGUCCUCUCAUUUCAAGGAAAUCCUCAUUGCUAUUUCCUAAGACUGAGGAUGGAAGUUGAUGAAUUCUUAAGAGCGAAAUAAAGCAGCAUGAUAAAAUUAGUUGAUAGAACUAGUGUUGGAGCCAGCAAGACCUGGGUUUGAGUCCCAUCUCCAAUCCAUCCUGGCUGUGUGAUCACUUACACCUUAGUGUCCCCCCCCCCCCCCAAACAACUAACUGUAAAGCUGGUGUUAGAGAAAGUGGGUGUUCUAUACUGGGAGGGGAAGUUCCUCAGUGGGCCUCCCAGGACCAAUAAAAUCACAAAUCAGGUUAAAAAAUAAAUUUUUUUUUUUUUGUUAAGUCCUGAAGGCUGAAAAUGUUUACCAGAUGCUUUGUGGUCUGUUUCUGAGAAGGGAAAAAAGCAGCCACUUCAUAGCACAGGAUUCUAAAUUGACAAUGCUACAAAUUAUUCCCAAUGACUUGAAAGAUUUGUCCAUUCCAUUCCAAACUUCUGGGGCUGGGGAAAAUAGGUAUUUUUGGAGAGUAAGAGUUAGUUUUAGGAGCACUGAGAGGGAUGCUUCCCUUGUGUUUAUAUUUUGUAUAUUCUUAUUUAUGUAUGUGUAAUCUCACUUAGAAUGGAAGCUCCUUGAGGGCAGGGGCUGUUUCUUGUUUGUCUCUGUAUCCCUGGUAUCUAGCAUUAUAGUAGGUGCUUAUUAAUAAAUGCUUGUUGGUUGAUUGA